AUGGAUAAGCACUUGCUGCUAUCUGGUCUGCUCCUGAUCCUUCCUCUGACCUCAGGUUGGAAUAUUUCCAACUGCCAGAUGACUGAAGGUACCCGGUUGCCUCUGGUCUCCCGAUUCUUCACUUUAUGCUCCCUGGACUCUUCCCUGCUUCUUCUUGUUUCAUGCAUCUCAGUGACCAACCUGACACAGACCUUGCAUAUUGUGCCUCAGAAUGUGGAGGGGCUCUGUCUCAGUGGUUCUAUUUCUGUUCUGCACCAGGAUGCCUUCUCUACCUUGCCUGGGCUCAAGGUCCUGAAGUUGAACCUGUGUCUCACCCAACUUUUGCCAGGAGCUCUUCAGGGAUUGAGGCAGCUUCAGAAACUCUCUUUCCAAUCUUGUCAUGGCCAGAAAUGCCUCUUUCUACCCUCUAAUGCCUUUAAUGAUCUGAGAUCUCUCCAGACUCUUCAAUUCUCAGGCCCCUGCCUGGACAGGAAUUUGAGUGUCCAGCUGCCUCCCACUCUGAAGCAGCUGGCUAUUGUACAUAAUUGCCUUCAGGAUAUGGGGGAGUUGGCUGACAUCUUUCCAGAUCUGGCACGUGACCCCUCCUCUGGAGAUGCCUGGACCCUGGACACACUGGAUUUGUCAAUGAACAGUAGGUUGAAGAUGGCCAAUCCGGGAGCCCUCCAAGGCCUCAAGGUAAGGACUCUGUCCCUGAGCCAUAUGAAGAUCGAGGCAACUGCAGUGCUGGGACUGGGGCUUCAACAGCUCAAUGCUUUGUUCAUGAGGUUUACUGCCAUGACUGAGUUUCCAGCUGAGAUAAUCACCCACUUUGAGCUGCAAGAGCUGAAUUUGGAAAGAAAUAAAAUAAGGGACAUAUCUCUGGGAGCCCUGGCUUCUUGCCACAGCCUGGAGACCUUGGGUCUUCGUUCUAAUAGCCUCACUAAACUGCCACUGGGUUUCCUAGCAGCCAUGCCCAAGCUUCAGAAACUGGACUUGGCCAGUAACCAACUGCAGAAUGUCACCCUGUGCACAAAUGAGACAGAAGGUACAUCAGGACUGUGGACCCUGAAUUUGUCUGCGAAUCGGCUGCGCAUCCUGUUCCCAGCCACCUUCUCCUGUCUGCCCAACCUGCGACACCUGCUACUUCAGGAAAACCAGCUGACUUUCUUGGAUAGACAGGUAUUCCAGGGCCUAGGGAUGCUAGAGAUCUUGCACUUGAAUACAAAUCCACUGGUAGAGCUGAGUGAGGGCUGGUUGACUUCUCUGCCUUCACUGACCACCCUCUAUCUGCUGGAUACCCACAUUUUGUUGGACUCAACCUGGGACUUCUGGGGUCCAGAGAAUCUGCACAACCUAACACUACAGCUUCCUUCUGCCCCUGCUGGGAUGACAUUGUCCUUGCCCCCAAUGCUGACCAGCUUGGAACUUCAUGCUGGCUCAGGCAUGAAGCAUUGGAAGUUGUUGCCUAAUGUAUUUCCAGCCUUACAAACCCUGACUUUAAAAGGCUGGGGACUACAGCUGGGGACCCAGAACAUCUCCAGGAUCUUCCCUGCUCUUCAUCAACUCUUCCUGCUUGGCAGUAGUUUGGAGGCUCUAUGUUCUCAGGACACUUCCAGAUUCUUCCUCUGGCAGCUCCCCAGCCUUCAGUCCCUGACAGUACAGGGAGAUGGGCACAGCCCCAGGCCCUGCCGUAUCACAGGGCUGCCCAGCCUCCAGCAGCUGAAGCUGAAGGGCUUGAAGUUCAGAUCACAGCCCCGUCCAGUGCGGCUGGAGGAGCUGGUGGGUGAGCUGCCCAGGCUUCAGGUGCUGCAGCUGGCUAACACGGGGUUGGAGACAUUGUCAGCUGCUGCUUUCCAAGGCCUCAGCAGUCUCCAGGCCUUAGUGCUAGACUGGGAGGAAGGCCUUGUGCUGGAUGACAGCCUGUGGGAAUAUAGUCCUCAGAUGCCUCAGUACAUGUACAUUCUGACUUCGUCCUUGGCCUGCAAGUGUGCCAAUGCCUGGGCAGGACCUUGGCUGGAGCGGUCCCCUAGAACAUACACAUAUGUGUCAUCAAAUACCAUGUGCCCCUCAGAAGAAGGAGACAGAUCCAAGAAGCCCCUUUUCCCCUUUCUCUGGAGUCACUGCCCUAAGACCUUGGAGUUGGAACUUUUUUGGGGCAGUUCUACCUUGCUGCUUCUGCUGCUCUCCUUGCCCCUCCUCCAGGAAGCCAGGAACUCCUGGGGCCUCUAUGUCCAGGCGUGGAUCAGGGCUUGGUUCCAAGGUCUGAGGGGUCGAAAGGAUGAGGGCAAGAGGUUCCUCUAUGAUGUGUUUGUGUCCCACUGCAGGCAAGACCAAGACUGGGUAAUACAGGAGCUGCUGCCUGUUCUGGAGGGCUGCCCUCCUGCUGGCCAGGGACUGUGCCUCUGCCUCCCUGAGCGAGAUUUUGAGCCAGGCAAGGAUGUGGUUGACAAUGUGGCCGACAGCAUAGCAGGCAGUCGUGUAACCCUCUGCGUGCUGAGUCAUCAGGCCCUGCACACACCUCGCUGCCGCCUGGAGCUCCGCCUGGCCACCUCCCUCCUCCUGGCUGCCCCACAUCCCCCAGUGCUGCUGGUGGUCUUCCUGGAGCACAUCUCUCGCCACCAGCUCCCCCGCUACCACAGACUGGCCCGGCUGCUCCGCCGAGGAGACUACUGUUUGUGGCCCAAGCAGGACAAGAGGGAUGAAUUCUGGGCUUGGCUGAAGACCAGGCUGGGGAAGCUUGGGGUAGCCAAGAAAGAGGCACGUGUGUUGGAGGGUGGGGGCAGGAAAAACUGUCAUCCUGGCAGGGAGAGAAUAGACAUGUGUGAUUUGUAAGGCUGAACUCAGUUUCCAGCAGGAGUAGGGGGAGCUGUGGGUUUGAUGGGGACCAAAUGCUGGGA